AUGUCCAUAGAGAAGAUUUGGGCCCGGGAGAUCCUGGACUCCCGUGGGAAUCCCACGGUGGAGGUGGAUCUCCACACUGCCAAAGGUCUUUUCCGGGCUGCGGUGCCCAGUGGAGCCUCCACCGGUAUCUACGAGGCCCUGGAGCUAAGGGAUGGGGACAAACAGCGUUACUUGGGCAAAGGUGUCCUGAAGGCCGUGGAACACAUCAACACCACCAUUGCCCCGGCCCUCAUCAGCUCAGGUGUGUCUGUGGUGGAGCAAGAGAAGCUGGACAACCUGAUGUUGGACUUGGAUGGGACUGAGAACAAGUCCAAGUUUGGGGCCAAUGCCAUCCUGGGUGUGUCCCUGGCCGUGUGUAAGGCAGGGGCUGCCGAGCAGGAACUGCCCCUUUACCGACACAUUGCCCAGCUGGCCGGGAACUCAGACCUCAUCCUGCCUGUCCCGGCCUUCAAUGUGAUCAACGGUGGCUCUCACGCUGGGAACAAGCUGGCCAUGCAGGAGUUCAUGAUCCUCCCAGUGGGGGCUGAGAGCUUCCGGGAUGCCAUGCGACUUGGGGCAGAGGUCUACCACACACUCAAGGGCGUCAUCAAGGACAAAUACGGCAAGGAUGCCACCAACGUGGGGGAUGAAGGUGGCUUUGCUCCCAACAUCCUGGAGAACAGUGAGGCCUUGGAACUGGUGAAGGAAGCCAUUGACAAGGCUGGCUACACAGAGAAGAUCGUCAUUGGCAUGGAUGUUGCCGCCUCGGAGUUUUACCGCGAUGGCAAAUAUGACUUGGAUUUCAAGUCUCCCGCUGAUCCUUCCCGAUACAUCACCGGGGACCAGCUGGGGGCCCUCUACCAGGACUUUGUCAGGGACUAUCCUGUGGUCUCCAUUGAGGACCCCUUUGACCAGGACGAUUGGGCCGCCUGGUCCAAGUUCACAGCCAACGUGGGGAUCCAGAUUGUGGGUGAUGACCUGACAGUGACCAACCCCAAGCGAAUCGAGCGGGCGGUGGAGGAGAAGGCCUGCAACUGUCUGCUGCUGAAGGUCAACCAGAUCGGUUCAGUCACUGAAGCCAUUCAAGCGUGCAAGCUGGCCCAGGAGAACGGCUGGGGGGUCAUGGUGAGUCACCGCUCCGGAGAGACUGAGGACACGUUCAUCGCUGACCUGGUGGUGGGGCUGUGCACAGGCCAGAUCAAGACUGGUGCCCCGUGCCGUUCUGAGCGUCUGGCUAAGUACAACCAGCUCAUGAGAAUCGAAGAAGAACUAGGGGACGAAGCUCGCUUCGCGGGACAUAACUUCCGCAACCCCAGUGUGCUGUGA